UUAAGUUUUGCCCGCAGCUGCGUUGGUUUGUGUUGCACGAUCAUUCUUUCUCGGGCCUGUGAGUGUCAAGAUUCGCUGUAGUAUCAUGGUGCUCUGGCUGGACAGUUGACAUGCAUAGAAUUAUUGUAGCCAACUCAAAAGCGAAAGUAUUAGAAAAUGCAUCUCUUUGGACAUACUGUCCAAGGUAACAGAUUAAAUACAACUAUUUCGAUCAUCAUAUUGUAGACAGUUCUCGGGAACCAUCAAAGCUGAAACAAGGUCGAAUAUUGAAUCGAAUCCACGUCCCACCCAACCAUGUUGAAAUUCGCUUUUACUGUUGCUCUACUCAUCGCUUUAACCUCUAUAUGCAGUUUAUUGGCCUACGAUCCAGAUGAUGUGGAAAUUAGAAAUGUUAUUCCAUUGAAUGGUACGUUUACUGCUUUUUAUCCUCGCGAAAUGAACGGAAUUCCUAAUGGGAACGUGAGGGCGCCCUUUUCGCAUGGCAGCUUUUUCAAAAAUAGAAACCCAGCUCUGGUAGAUGUGCGAAAUGCUGCUGCUUAUGGAUAUCGAUUUGAUGGAAAACGUCGCUUCGAAUUUCCAUGAAGAAAUUUGACCCGUCCAGUAUUGGUUAGCUUCCGAAAAUGAACUCUCAUGGCCAUAUUUGAAAAAAAAUAUGUAAAAAACCGAAAUACAUUUUGCUUAAAAAAACAUCGUAUGGUGUAGUAAAACUAUCGUUUGUUGCUUUGUUAUUAAUGCAUUUAUGUUUGUUUGGUUUUAAUUCGUAACAUGUCUUCAAUAAAAUUAAGGUGGAUCAAUUCGAUCUUGGCGAAGAAA